GGCCCAGGGCAAUUGGGAAGGUUCCAGGUCAGAGCAGAUGGAGGCUCUGCAGCGUGGCGCCCCCUGGACGCGGUGGGGACCUGCAGGCCCGGAUUGGCGCAGGCGCGGCCUCUGGCGCUCAACUUGCUCGGCGGACUUGCUCGGCGGCCCAGGGCUCCAGGAUGGUGCUGUCCGCCGCGGACAAGGCGGCAGUGCGCGCCCUGUGGAGAAAGCUGAGUAAUAACGUCGGAGUCUACACCACCGAGGCCCUGGAGAGGACCUUCCUGGCUUUCCCUUCCACCAAGACCUACUUCUUACACCUGGACCUGAGCCCCGGCUCUGCCCAGGUCAAAGCCCACGGCCAGAAGGUGGCCGCCGCGCUGACCCUGGCCGUGAACCACCUGGACGACCUGCCUGGCACCCUGUCGGCUCUGAGCGACCUGCACGCACACAAGCUGAAAGUGAACCCCAUUAACUUCAAGUUCCUGUGCCACUGUCUGCUGGUGACCCUCGCUCGUUACUAUCCCGGAGACUUCAGCCCCGCCCUGCAGGCCUCGCUGGACAAGUUUCUGAGCCACGUGAUUUUGGCGCUGGCCCCCAACUAUCACUAAAAACUAGGGGUGGGUGAUCACGGAAACCCCCAGCCUUCCUUCCUGCUACGUCCCAGUGUUUUGAGUAAAGUCUCCAAAAGAAAGCCUCAGCCUG